AUGAGGACCGGCUUCAGGAACCACGGCUUUUACGGCCACAUUUUUGUGGGCUCUCGCGUGCUUUCAGGCAUUGCCCUCCUCGCCAUCAUCGGCUUGGUGGCCACCUUCACAUCCCAAAUCAACAAGGCCAGCCUCGCUCCACCACCGCAGCUCACAGGCGCCAUUAUCGUGGGCGCUGCCGCGUUGCUCUGGGUGCUCCUCUCCUUCACAGCUUACGACGACACUCACAUUCCUUACAUGGCCACAGCCAUCGUUGACACCGUGUUUCUGAUCCCCUUCGUCGUGGUUGUUAUUAUCCUCGGCGGACAGCUGAGCCAGACGGAGUGCUCGGCUCUGCCAGCACAGUCCGGCAAUGGCACCACACUGCAAUUGGACCCGGCCGACAACGCCGGGAAUGGCACUCUCUCAUACGUCACAUUCGUUGCCUCUGAUCAGAUGACCUGCUACAAGCUGCAGGGCACCUGGGGCCUGUCGAUUGCGCUGUGCAUCUUGUUCCUCCUCUCUGCACUCGCAGCAGCCUUCAUGUUCAUGGGGAAGCGAAAGAACGGCUACAACGGGAGAUUCUUCGGAAAGAACAGCGCCCGGUACGGCGAUAACACGAGGAGCGCAGGACCUGGAUCACCAAAGAAGAACAAGAAGUCGAAGCAGAAGAAACAACAAAAGAACGGACAGAACCAAGCAUCGUCAUACGACAAGGGCUACAGCUUUUUCAAGCCCUCGACUUGGUAUCCAUCUGGCAAUUCUUCUUCAAACCCGUCAUCUUCGACUUCUCGCGGUAUGAACAACCCAGGUUCGAGCGGCAACUCCUCGUCGGCUCAAAACGUCACCAUGAACAACCAAGCACCCGACUUGUCGCCCAGCAAAAAUAACACAGGGUCGCGGAAUGGCCCGAAUGAGAGUACUGGAAAAUGGACUUUUGGAUUUGGAAGGCUCUGGAGGAAGGGUGGUAGUGGACGCGGUGGCCGCGACCGCUCCAAAAAUACCGCCCCACCCGGCCAUCAGCAGGAGGACAUCGUGCUUACGGAUGUACCCCAGGGCCGCAGGAAUAGCCCAAACAACGCCAAUUCCAACACCAACAGGGACCUCGGGGGCCACCAACAAGAAUCAAAAGGCAAGGGCUUCCUGGGUCUCUUCCGGUCCAGGGACAAAUCUGGAGACGAUUCAGCCUCCUACCCUCGCACCAACACGUCUUUCGACCCGCAAGGACGACCAACAAACCCCACCCAACAGCAACCGAGCAGUCAAUUCUGCUGGGCCGCUGCAGGGGUGGCAAAGGAGUGCCGCCGGCUGCAACUAAACGCGAACCCAAACAUCAACGGUAAGAACCUUGCCAGCACCCCGAACCAACGCCAGGCAGCUGGUGCUACCAUCGGUAACCUCGACCAAAACGGCGUGCGGAACAUGGGUUUCCAACGGGCUCCGGUACCAAACAACAAUGCUGCUGGAUACACUCCGCCGCCUGAUAUUCGAAAAGCCGGAGCGCCUCUCAAUCCUGGACCUAAUGGACAGAGUUUGCAACGAAAGCAGACUGGUGGCUUGAAUGAACCUCCUCCCAAGCCUGGCCAACCGCUUCCUUCAACCAGGAAUGGACAACCACUCAGGCUUGGCGAGAACGCCGUCGUCACAAAAGAUGAGCCUUCAGUCAAACCCGGAGGCGGUCUUUUCUCCAACAUGAAUCCCCUGAAGUCCAAACAAGACAAGAAGGGAAAUGAAAUGCUGCCUGAUUCAUCAACUCAUGACCUUCCCAACAAGCAAAAUGGAGGUAGUGGCCCUCUCAUGCCCGGUCCCAAGAACUCUGCAAAACCGGCCCCGGGCACAAAUGCCGCGGGUCAACAGAAUCUUGGCCCUAUCAACCGCAUAGACCAACAAGACAAGUCUCAUGGCCUCCUGGCAGGUAGAGGCAAGAAAGGCGCCGCCCCACCACCCAAGGGCGUGCAACCAGAAACCAACCGCAACCCCACGCCUGCUGAAUCGAGCUACUUCGACACGCCACUGGGCCCGGCUGCCGCGCAAGCCAUGGGACUUGGUAAGCCGCGCGGCGAGAAGAAGGGCAACUUGGAGACGAAGCCCAAGGCUGGAGAGCUCCCAGCGAAGCAGCCUCACAGGCUGCAUCCUCAGAGGAACUCAUUCGAGUCUGAGAAUGGCGGCAGUGCUCCCAUGACCGCGGCUGGGAAUGUUCCUCCGAACAAGCAAGGAAAGCAACCGGCUGGACUUGGUCGACCUGAACCCCCGGCCGGACGCAACGCACAAGCGGGCUUACCUCCUUCCAUGCCACCUCAACCAGAGCGUGACGCGAGAGCUCGUCCGGUCCCAGAGGCACAACGCCGUCCUGGGCCCGCUGGUCCCGAAGGAAGGCUAAACGCACCCGGUCAACCAGCACCAGUGGUUCUACCAACUGGUCACCCCGGGAAGAACCAAGGCCCGCCUCCACAAACCCGCGAUGGUCAGGGUCUGCGGCCUGGAGAGCGUCCCGGUCUGGCUAAGGACAUCAAGGGCGGCUUGCCUCCGCGUGACGACCAAGGACGACCCGCGCCCCCACAGCCAGUUGGUCGCGGUCUUCCUGGUGGACAGCAGCCCAUGUUCGACGAGCGCGGACGCCCGCUCCAGCAGCGCACACCUGGUGGACCAGCCAUGCCCGCAGCCAUGCCUGCAGCUCUAGCUCCCGGGCAGCCUCCACAGGGGCCGCCUGCCAGGCUCGGCGGACAGCAGCCCAUGUUCGAUGAGCGUGGGAGACCACUGCCGCAACGCACGGCCGGAGGACCAGCCGGUGGAUCUGGCAUGACCACAGCUCUUGCGCCUGGGCAGCCACCACAGGGCCCUCCUGCCAGACUCGAUCGCAGUCUUCCUGGCGGGCAGCAGCCCACGGUUGAUGAACGUGGGCGUCCACUGCCGCAACGCGCGGCUGGCGGGCCAGCUGGUGGGCCAACCAUGCCCGCGGCCAUUCCCGCAGCUCUUGCCCCCGGGCAGCCUCCUCAGGGACCUGCCGCUGCACGAGGAACACCACCUCCUUCUCAGCGACCCACUCAGCCUGAGGUCCCGGUAGCUCUUGCCCCCGGUGCCCGGAACCCCCGCGACCUCCCCAACAUGCAAAAUGAGCCCAAGCAGCCGAUGCCUCCGGCUCGUGACGAGCGCGGAAGGCCGCGUGGCCCUGCAACUGAACCUGCAGUCCCGAACGCAUUGGCUCCCGGGCGUAACCCACGCGAUGACCGGGGAAGACCGGCCCCUCAGAAGCCAGAAGCUCAGGGACGAGAUAUCCCGAAUGCUUUGCUCCCAGGUGGUCGACCCUCACAGGAGUCUGUCAGAGAUGCGAGAGCUCCAAAUGACCGCCGCCAGCCCUCUCCUCCAAGAGAUGGUCCCAAACGGUCCGGCUCGCCCCGAAAUGGCAAUGGACGGCGUCAGUCUCCCCCAGGCCGCAAUUUCGAUGGUUCUCGAAGGCCGCCCUCGCCGCAGUCAUUGCACGGGCGGCGGUCUGGGAGCCGCGGUCGCCAGCCGUCUCCGUCCAAAGGAAGGCCUCCGUCGCCAUCGAAGUUGCGAGGACUUGCUGGCGCCGAAAAGAAGCAGGACGAGAUGUUCAUCGGGGACGUCCGCUCGCAGAAAUCCGACAAGAACGGUCGCCCCAUGCCUCCUCCUGUCACAGAGGCGUCCAACCUGCCUACGAGAAAUGAGCCAGAUAAGGGCCGUCCUAUACCUGCUCGUGCUCCCGGAGCUCCGGAUGAGAAGUUGCCGCUUCCACUGCCUCUGAAAGAUCCAGCAAUGGCGAGUACCUUUUCGCCAUUCGGGGGACCCAGACCCAAUGGCGCGGAAGGCCGCCCGCCCGUGUCCAAGGAUGGCCGUCCGUUGCCUCCGUUCCCAGAGAGAUCCCUCGGGUCUCAACCUCCUCAAAUGGGUGGUGAAAGAGAAACGGGCCGCCAAAUGCCGGCUGCUGGCGAGCCGCCGCAACCGCCGCCUUCUUUCUCGAGAGACCCAUCAGCGAGAAAUGACGCACCGGCAUCACGAGGUGUGCCGCCUGUGCCGCAACAGAACCAGCCACCAUCCCGGGACGGGCGGCCGAUGCCCCCGAUGCCCCCGAUGCCCCCGAUGCCCCCGAUGCCCCCGAUGCCUUCCAACCAAGACAAGCCUUUGGGUUCUGAGCCACCUCUCAUGCGCAACGACCGAGGCCGACCCAUGCCUCCACCUGUAGCUGGCGAGCCAGCUCUGCCACCUGUUGCUGCGGCUAGAGAGAGAUCUAGAUCGCGUCCACCUCCCAGGCUCAAAGAUCGGCAGUCCUUUUUCCAGCCUGGUAAGCCUGCUCAGGACACUGAUGUUGCCCCGAUGCCGAGGAUGCCUUCUCCAUCCAGAGGUGGGCCUCGAGCCAUGCCUUCUGAAUUUGCAACUCCCGAUGCUCUUCGACCCGGAAGAGCAAACGAGAAGGACGCCGCUCGCAUGCCUGUGCCAUACAACAACGGUCAGAAGCUUCCGCCUCGAGAGCCCGGCCUUGCUGGCCUCGGUGCUCAAUUGGGCGAUGUCCCGAGGGGUCCUCGAGUCGACGAGAGUGGCAUGCCAGUGCCAGACAAGUCGAAGGCGCCCAUCAACCACUGGGAAAAGAAGCCAGUCGCCAACAACACUGCUGCUCCUUUCAGCAAUUCGUUCAAUGAUCCUCGUCAGCCACCCUCUGAUUCACGUGAUCCUCGAGGACAACAGGGACAGACUCCCUUCCCAAUGGGCGUCAAGGUUGACGGCCGAGGCGGACAAGCUCCUCCUCCACCAUCACGAGAUGAGCAGAUGAACGACAAGGGAAGGUCUUCUACUUCUUCCUCACAGGACAUGACUCGGAACGCUGGAAGGCUAGACACGAAUGUGUCUGCUCGGAAUACACCCUCAGCUGAGCCAUCCAGCGCUACGGAAAGCCCUUCAAAGGGCGGCUGGAUGGGGAUGGGUCGGUGGUUUGGCAAGAAGAAUAAGGACAAGAAGCAAGCCGAGGCCAUGACGACCUCCAAUAUAUCCAAACGGCCGUCUCUGCUGCCACCAGGCAUCGACCGGCAGUCUAUUGUCUCUGAUUCUGCUACUCCUACUGCCGCUCCUACUGCCGCUGGUGGAGUACCGCAGCCUGAUCAGCGAGGUCGUGCCCCAUUAUCCCAACCAAAGGACGUUCGAACCGACCAGCAGGGUAGAGACUUGAACCGCGUACCAAACGACCUUCCACCUCCCCAAACCGGUGUUGAUGGCCCGCAAAGAUCUCUCAUAGAUACCAACAUCCCCCACUCACGCGAUGGGAUACAGCGCCCUCCUGUAGACCCGCCUAUUCGUGAGUCAAGGGGACGCGCUUCGCCAUUCCCAAAGCGUCCGGGCCAGAACCCAUCCCCACCUAUGCCUCCAGCAGCCAACAACUUCUCCGAGCUCAACCAGGCCGCAGCUCCUGCUCGGGACCUGACCCAAGACAAGCAGGAGGAGCCGAAGGUUCUGGAGCCAAAGGAGCAGAGAAAGAUGAACAGGAAGUCCCACGUGCUAGCUGGUAUGAUGCCACCGAUGCCCGGUCAGGACCCCGUGCCUGCAGUUCCUCAAACACCAUCUUCCUACAAGAGUGGUGAUGAGCGUUCGAUUCCUGGCGGUACCCAGAUGCCGCCCGUUCCACUCUUGGAUGAGAAGCAAAGGCGGGCCGCGAAUAGGAAAUCGCACAUGAACGGCUCUGGCCCUGCUGACGUGCAAAUGCCGCCAGUGCCCAGCUUGCCGGAGCAGCCUCCCGCAGAAAAUGGUGUGUCCAUGAAGGACGACGUCCCAGCCAAAUCUGACUUGCCGUCCUCAUUGCGACCUGGUAUUUCUGACGGAAUGCCACAAGGGAAACGAGACCUGGUGGAUGAAUCCGCCAGGGACAAGCCUGGCAUGGUACCUCCUCCACCUAUGGGUCUGAGGAGAGGACUGCCAUCAAGGCCCAUGCCACGCGGAGCGGCCAAGGAACCUGGUCAACCCACCGGAAAUGGGGUCCCUCCUCCCCCAGGUGCCGAUACGGAACGAGCAGGCUUAUCGCAAGAGCUGCCUCCUUCGCUGAGAUCAGGACAACCAGACUUGAAGCUCGACACGAAGGAAGGCGAGCAACUCCCUCUGGCUCCCGGCAGUGUCCCAGCACCUGUGUCCAAGUCUCGAGACAUGGAACCAAACAUGUCGGGUAGUUCCGACAGUCCCAAGUCCAAGAUGGCCAAGCGCGGCAAAGACGAGGACAAGCCCCGUCGGCCCCUCUCCCCUCUCGAUGGCAACAUGUCGCAACGGUCACCAUUUGAUGAGCAAUUCGGCAACUUGCCUGGUUCAACGCAAAAGCCUUCUAGCCCCAAGUCAAACAAGCUGAAGGACCUCUUCGGCAAGACUAAGGGCAAGGACGGCGCCUCUCGCAAGAUCGGCUCGCCAACAAUUGGCAGUGAGAAGCCAUUGUCGCCUACGUCUAAGUUGGCAGACAUCGAGAAGGAAAUGAGUGGCAUUUCGUCAUCCCGUCCGUUGGGAGGCGACAAGGAGCAGCUUCCUGCACGCUUCUCGGACUCGUCUUUCACUGAUGACAUGCUUAACACGCCGCCCAUGCCCAACAACGGAUUCGCCUCGAACGAGGAUGCGAGCCGCAAAGGUAUUUACGGGCAGACACUCAAGGACGCUUCAGAGCCAAAUGCGGGCAAGAAGAACGGCCGUCUUGAAUCUGCACCCUUCUCGUCCCUUGCGAGCGACGACAAGACAAGCAAGAAGGACAAGUCUCGCGGUCUCCCGGGUGACAAGCAGGAUGAGUCUACCGUCGAGGAAGACACGAAGCGUGACUUCCUUGGCGGUAUCUUCGGUGGCAAGGACCUUGGUUCGCCUACCUUCAAGGAUGACGAGCCUUGGGCAGCAGGAAAGGAUUCCAAGGCUACUCGAGAAAAGAAGCCUGGGCUCUUUGACUUCGGCAGCGACAAGAAAGACAAGAAGCAGCGACGUGACUCACGGGGCUCUAUUAUUGGGUCUCCAACCUUCAAGGAUGAUUCUCCGCGCUCACCUGGCCAGGAGGAGCCUUGGCCAACCAAUGGUGACGCAUUCGACGAGAAGAACUCGCGUGACAAGAAGACCACUGGUUUGUUUGGCCGCGGUAAAGACAAGACCAAGGCCGGCUCCAAGUCGCCUACGGACGAGAAGCACGGCUUGUUCGGCCUCGGCAAGGGCAAGGAUAAGGGCAACAAGCUCCGGAUUAGCUCUCCAGGACACUCGCCAACGAUGGGAGACGGAUCUCCUAUCGAGCCGCGGUCAGGACAGGAUGACCUGGUUGAUGAGAAGGGCGACAAGAAGACCGGAAUUUUCAGCAGCUUCGGAAAAGGCAAAGACAAGAAGAACAAAUCUGGCUCUCCACUUGGCUCGCCGAAUCUGAGGGAUUCGUCAGCUGUCUCUCCAGGCUUGGAGCCAUUCUCAGCAGAUGAGGAUGGCAUUCCUGGGUCUAAGGACAAGGGCACUGGCCUAUUCAGCAGCUUUGGUAAAGACAAGAAGCAACGACGAGGAUCCAAGUCAGGUUCCAUUUCUUCUGACAGGGACUCGAUGCUGCUCGACUCUGCUGAUGGCCAGCUCGACGAAAACACGACUGGGGAGAAGAAGUCUGGGCUUCGGGGCCUCUUCAGCAAAGACAAGGAUGGAAAGAAAAAACUGAGAGGAUCCAACUCAGAGACACUGUCACCUGGCGAGGAAGGCUCCAUGCCUGGGUCCCCCACCAUCAUGGAUGAGCGGCAGACUGGCAACAACGACGUCAUACCAGCCCUACUUGUUGUCCAGAGGCAGUCACAACCGGGCUCUCCAGUGUUGCCUGGCCAAGAGAAGACCGGUCAGUUUGACGACAAUUCUAUUGAUGGAGACAAUGAUUUCUCUUCCCUCUCUGAAGAAGACAAGAAGAACAAGAAGAGCAAGGGUCUGUUCGGCUUUGGCAAGAACAAGGACAAGAACAAGAAGGGAGAUGAGCGUUUCGACGACAUCUACGACGACAAGAUGGACCGGCCCUCGUCGCCUAAGGGCAAAGACUCUUUCUUGUCGCCCAUCGAUGAUACCUUCAACGACCAAGACGGUCGCCCGCUCUCACCUGAGCCCGAAUUCCCAGCGUCUCCCGAGAUGGGCAAGAAAGAUAAGAAGGGCAGAGGACUGUUCGGCCGUUUCGGCAAGAACAGGGACGGAGACUUGACACCGACCUCGCUGGAUGGUUUCAGCGACCAUGACGGUCAACCUCUAUCACCCCAGGACGACGUCCCCAUGUCUCCUGAGAUGUGCAAGAAGGACAAGGACGGCAAAGGCAUCUUCGGAUGGGGCAAGAAGAAGAACCGAGACAGCCCACGGAUGUCCCCCGUGGACGACGAGUUCAACCACGGCGGCAUGUCCCCGCAAUCCCCCGGAAUGGGCUUUGACCAGCGCCAGUCUGGCGACAUGGACUCCUUCGCAUCGCCCGUCGACUCCCCGAUCCUGGAGGACUCGAUGGCCUCCCCCACGCGGUCCCUGGAUGGCGGCAGCUCCACGCCGCCGUACGCCGACGAGGAGCCCUUAUGCUCCGACGAGCCGGAGAAGAUGAAGCCCGCGCCGCUCAACUUCAAGAACAAGAUGCGCAAGAUCUUUGACAAGAUCGGCGGCGUUGAGGGCGAGCAGCGCGACGAUGGCAAGCGUGGGUCGAGCCGCGACUUUGGCGGUGCGCCUGAAGGUAUGGAUGACUACAGCACGAACAAUACGCCCCCUUCGCCCGCGGGCGGCGUGGACGACUUUGGUGGCAACAACAGCAUGCCUCCUUCUCCUGCUGGUGGGAUGGACGACCUUGGCGGAAGUAGCAUGCCUCCCUCGCCAGCCGGUGGCGAUGACGAUUUCGGAGGGAACAGCAUGCCUCCUUCCCCCACUGGUGUUGACAGCAUCCCUGCGUCACCUGCCGCUGUUGACAGCAUGCCACCUUCCCCCGCUGGUGGUAACAGCAUGCCUCCUUCUCCCGCUGCUGUUGAUAGCACCCCUGCGUCACCUGCUGGUGACAUGGACGACAGCAACAGCUUGCCUCCGUCGCCAUCGGGCAGUAUGGGAGCGGGCGAUGCAAACGAGCCCAUGGAGUCUCCGAUGCAGUCCCCCGUCCAGUCACCCAUGGCGUCUCCUGUGCAAUCCCCUAUCCAAUCCGCAGUUCAGUCACCUGCUCAAUCCCCAGUUCAGUCUGAGUUUGGCGCAAUGUCUGAGCAAGAUGGCCUGGCCUCCCCGCAGCCUGACAUGGGCAUGCCGUCGCCGGUCCAGUCGGAGGUUGCUGCUCCAGUCGACGAGGACGUCCCUGAAGAGCCUGAGUUGAUGGCGACGGACAGCGGCAUCGUCGACUCGCCUCCCGCUUCCCCGCCCGCCGAGGUUGAAUCUCGCGGCAUAGGCACACCUGUGGAGUCGCCAGUCGUGGACAAUUUCGAGCCGGCAGACGAUGGCGCACUUUCAUCGCCAGUUGCGGAAGAAUUUGAUGGCCCGGCUAGCCCCGGUGGAGGAUACUCUUCGCCUUCGCCCGUGGCUGACGACUUUGGUGGCGAUCCGGCCCCGGUCGAUGACUACUCUGAGCCUGAGCCCGCUUUCAAUGACGGCGGUGACGACUUUGGAAACGAUGGUUUCGACGACAGCGCCCCAGCCGACCUCGGAAUGGACCGCGGUCUUGAUAUGGAGCCCGGACAGGAUUUCGAGCCCGAGCCCGACAUGCCAAUGGACGAUAUGCCUAUGGACGACAUGCCGGUGGACGACAUACCAGCGGACGAGUUUGAUGAUAACGGUGAUGGCUUCGAUGACGAUGGUGACCGCGGCCUCGACGAACCAUUGGACGAGCCAUUCGAUGAACCCCUAGACGAGCCUUUGGAUGAGCCUUUGGACGAGCCUUUGGAUGAGCCAUUGGAUGAGCCCCUCGAUGAGCCCCUGGAUGAGCCAUUCGAUGAGCCCUUGGAUGAGCCCUUGGAUGAGCCCUUGGAUGAGCCCUUGGAUGAGCCCUUGGAUGAGCCCUUGGAUGAGCCCUUGGAUGAGCCCUUGGAUGAGCCCUUGGAUGAGCCCUUGGAUGAGCCCUUGGAUGAGCCCUUGGAUGAGCCCUUGGAUGAGCCCUUGGAUGAGCCCUUGGAUGAGCCCUUGGAUGAGCCUCUGGACGAACCUCUGGACGAGCCCUUCGAUGAGGAGCCACUGGAUGAGCCUCUGGACGAGCCCUUCAACGACGAUGGGGACGCCGGAGAGUUUGACGAGGAACCGAUGCCGGAUGACGGCGAGGAGAUGAUUCUUCAAGACGACUUCGGCUCUCCUGACGAACCGGGUGAAUUGGAAGACGAUGACCGCGGUUUAGACGACGAUUUCCAACCGGAGGAACCAAUCGACGACUUCGCCGGUGACGGUGGCGACGAAUUCCCAGCAGAUGACAUGGGAGACGACGGCAUGAUGGACGAUGGAUUUAUGGACGGCCAAGGUGAUGAAGAGCCCCCAUUCGAAGACCCGCCGUUCGAUGAAGAACCAGCAUUCGACGAGGAGGCUCCAUUUGACGAAGAACCACCAUUCGACGAAGAGGCCCCAUUCGAUGAAGAGCCACCGUUUGAUGAGGAGGCACCAUUCGACGAAGAUGCCCCACUGGAAGAUGGUAUGAUGGAUGAGGAAUUUAUGGACGACCAGGCUGAAGGAGAACCAGAAUUUGAGGACGGCGUGAUGGAUGAGGAUGGAGAUCGCGGCCUCGAUGAUGACAUGAUGGAGGGUGAAGAUAUAGGAGAAGAGAUUAUGGAUGAUGAAUUCGGGGAAGGACAAGAAGACGUGGAAGGCGAAGAAUUCCCAGAAGAGGACUUCCCAGAGGGUGAAGGCGAAGACCUGGAGGGCGAAGAGAUGGAAGGGGAAGAGAUGGAAGGGGAAGAGAUGGAAGGGGAAGAGAUGGAAGGGGAAGAGAUGGAAGGGGAAGAGAUGGAAGGGGAAGAGAUGGAAGGGGAAGAGAUGGAGGGUGAAGAAAUGGAAGGCGAAGAGGAUCGAGAUCUUGACGAGGAGGCUCUGGAAGACGCCGUGGACGAGUCGAUCACCGGCUCCGACGCUGAGCUUGACGAUGGAGGACAGGACGGCGACGACGAGGAAGGGCUAGACGACGAGGCGCUGCAAGACAUCAUGGACGAUGAUGAGGCGCCUGGCUCACCCACCGACUCGGACCUCGACCGUGGCAUGGAGGAAUCGCCCGAGGACGCAGAAAACGACCAGGACCAAGAAGAAGAAGCGGAAGUCGAAGAAGAGGCCGGCGAGCCCGAGGACACAAGCGACGUCCGCCUGUCCCAGCUCUACCGACAGUCAGCGGUCAUGUUCUCGCCUGUGCUCACCUCGCCCCUCCCGCCGAGCCCGCCACCGGAGCAAGACACAGCCAGUCCACAAGACGAGGACCUGGAAAACACGGACCCGGUCCGUUACUCGCACUUGUACCGGCAGAGUGUUGAUCUCGACAUGGCUCUAACACUCCAGUCGCCAAACUCGGACGGUGGCCUGUCAGCUAUCGCCGAGUCCCCAAACAUGGAGCAGGGACAGUCCUUUGACGUCCCGGUCAUGGCACCGGUUCCUGACUUCGCAAGGAGGCGAAGCGAGAGACUUUCGGCUAGGAUGUCCACCAUGUCCCAACCAUUGAGCCCCAUCGCCGCCAGCCCGCUGUCCCCUCGCCCACCGGCGACCCCGCCACCAGAGGAGGAUGAGGAGUACAACGAGCAGGACGACCAGCACAAGUACGACCCGAACUACGACGUCGAACGUGCCCUCUCCCCCGAGGAGGAGUACGAGAACUACUACGACGAGGACGACGAGUACGAGCCACAUGAGCAACGCGGCUCUGGUCCUUCGGGGCCGCAGACCUUCGACGACAUGAACCUAUCUCCUCGACCUGGUCCCUCGCCCUCAGAGCGGUACAGCUAUCACGAGGACCUCGAGCAAGGCCCGCCAAUGACGCCUUUCACACCGAAUGGCAACCGCAAGACUCUGCGUGAGCGGAUGUCGGGGUGGUGGGCACAAGGCAACGGUAACGGCCAGGAGGGCUCAAACUACACGCCACCGCCUCCGAUGCCCUACGACAGUGGCCAGUUCAUAUGA